CUCUCUCCCUCAACAAUCAUAUCUUUAUCAGAUCAAGUCUCUCAUCUCUAGUUUCUAAAAAAUAUACAUCAAAGUAUGAAUAUUUGUAGAACAGAAUCCACAAACUGUAAAACCCUAAAGCAGAAAGAAGAAGUGGAAGAAGUCAAGAAGAAGACUGAAACAGAAAUAAGGAGAGGUCCAUGGACAGUGGAUGAAGACACAAAGCUCAUCACUUACAUUUCUCUUCAUGGUGAAGGAAGAUGGAACUCUCUCUCUCAUUCUGCUGGACUGAACAGAACGGGAAAGAGUUGUAGACUACGGUGGCUGAAUUAUCUCCGUCCGGACAUCCGCCGUGGCGACAUAUCUCUCGAAGAACAAUUCAUCAUACUUGAACUCCAUUCUCGUUGGGGAAAUCGGUGGUCAAAGAUAGCUCAACAAUUACCAGGAAGAACUGAUAACGAGAUAAAGAAUUAUUGGAGAACACGUGUUCAAAAACAUGCAAAACUUUUGAAAUGUGACGUGAACAGCAAGCAAUUCAAAGACCUAAUCAAACAUUACUGGAUGCCUCGUCUCGUCGAGAGGAUCGCCACCGCUCAAGUCGUCGAAUCUGUCCCUAACCACCACUCGGGCGCGGCGACUGCUGGCGCCGCGUCAUCUACGUCGUCGUCUGAGUCCUCCGUGAGAUCGAGUUUCUACGGUGGUGAUCAAGUGGAAUAUGGAACGUUGGAUCAUAUGACAAAUGGUAGUGAUUGGUUCAACGGCGGAGAUGCGUUGGAGACUUUGUGGAGUGUUGACGAGCUCAACAACUGGCUCUUACAGUAGCAAUAUUUCAUGUGAUGAUUAGUUAAAUUAAUUAUAUAAAGAUAAAAUAGUUUUGUAAUUCAUCACUUGAGAACUUAUGAAAAUAUAUAAUUCGUUUCGAAA